AUGGCUAGUAACGUCUUGGCUGGGGAGAACCCUGAUCAGGCCAUGCAUGCUCGGCGAUCGAAGAGAGAGUAUGGCAGAGAGCUCCUGAUGCAGAUGGAAGCUGACCGACAGAGGCGAUCGAACGAAGCAGCGUUCAUUAGCAACCCCUCUGAACCAAAUGCAAGGAAAAGAAAUGCCGCUGAAGAAUUCGUUCUACCCGAGAUCCAGAAGUCAGCUCCUGCUGCUCCCCCCCAAGAAAGGAACAAGAGAGCGGAAGCAAGGCCGCGAUCACGGCAGCGCGAGAGCAAGGAAAGGCGAGAAAUUCCAACCCCCCCCAUGCGCGGAGAGGAGCAGCACGGGCAGAGGGCACAAGUGCAAAACAUUCUGGAGAUGGAGGUGAACAAGAUGAAGAUGAAUGGAAAGAUGAACUUGUUGUGA